CUUUUUUUUCCCACACUUGCAAUUCCCUCCAUGUUCGAGCUCCAUAGAGAAGACGUCAACUUCUAUGAGGUGCUCAAUUCAGCACCUUCCAGUACCCCGGAACAAAUCAAGACCGAAUACAAACGCUUAGCCCUCAUUCACCAUCCCGAUAAAUCUCAGACUUCCGAGUCAGACCAAUCAUCCUAUCGACGGAUCAAGGAAGCCUAUGAUGUUGUGGGUGAUCCUUCUCGACGAGCCUUAUACGAUCGCUGGCGUAACAGCGGACUGCAAAUACCAUUCUCCGAUUUUGAAAAGCUAGGAUCGCACGCUCAGACCGUCCAUUGGCAAACGUUACCAGGAAAGUUAUCCAUAGCGCAGGAUGAAAGUUCCGAACAAGAUAUUCAAACCGUCAAACCUCAACCCAGUGUAAUGGGUCACGUUAAUAUCGAACGCAAACCCUUUUGGAAUCAAGACGAUGUUUAUGAAAAGUUCAGACAGUAUCAAAUUUGAUGACUAUCAUUUUAUUUUACUCCUCCUCCUCGUCUUCAUCUUCCGUGUCUGUUACCGUACCACCAAGGUCACGCACUCGUUGUCUGUACUUUUUAAUCUCCAGAUCUUGUCCGCCUAAAAUGAAAAAUAAACAACCAUUUAAAAACCACUUGUUACUUGGAUUGACCUCUUUCUUUCGCGUUUGCUUACCCAUGCAGAUCAGCAGAUCUUC